AUGGAUCGCGAAUAUCAAGAUCAUGGCGGCUUUGACCAUGCCCCCCGAAGUCGUGGACGACCAAGCAGACGUUUCGUGCUAGGUAAUGCGACUGACAUCGGCAACACAUACGUGCACUGGCUGCCCGACCGCCGGCCAAGGGGCAGUGGACUACGAGGCUUUGAAGCGGAGAGACCGACUCUGAGCUAUGUGGCGUCUAUGCUUCCGCCCGCUGCACGCAAAGGCAAAGCAGUCGACUCGAUCCCUGCUAAACAUCUACACUCUUCCUUCAACAAGGUGCGGCAUCCUGUCAAUGUCGUAAAAUGGACUCCAGAAGGUCGACGGCUCCUCACUGGCUCUACAAGCGGCGAAUUUACCCUCUGGAAUGGAACUGGCUUCAACUUCGAGACUAUCAUGCAAGCGCACGAUUCGGCAGUCCGAGCAGUGCAGUAUGCCCACAACGACGAGUGGCUCAUAUCUGCAGACCAGGAUGGAUUCGUCAAGUACUGGCAGACCAACUUCAACAACGUCAAAGCGAUCCAAGCCCACGAAGAUCCUGUGAGGGACCUUUCAUUCGCUCCGAAUGAUACCAAAUUCGUGACCGCAUCGGACGACGCCUCAUUAAAGAUCUUUGACUUCGCCAGUGGCGAGGAAGAAUCGCAACUGACUGGACACCAAUGGGACGCGAAAUGCGUAGACUGGCAUCCGAGCAAGGGUCUACUCGUCUCUGGCUCCAAGGACCACCAAGUCAAGCUCUGGGAUCCUCGAACUGGUCGGUGUCUCACAACUCUUCAAGGCCACAAAAACACCGUCAACAUGACCAAAUUCGAACCAAGUCGCGGCUCCCUCCUGGCAUCUUGCGCCAGAGACAAUACUGUCCGUAUCUUCGACAUCCACAUGAUGCGAGACGUCUUCCUCCUCAAGGGUCACGACAAAGAGAUCAACUCCAUCGUUUGGCACCCCAUCCACUCCAACUAUCUCACCUCAGGCAGCUCCAGCGGCGAAAUGUUCCACUACCUCCUCGACGAGCAAAAUCCGCCACCAGGCACCGCCCUCGCCAUCUCUCCUUACGACUCCCCAAAUCCCGCCGACGCCCCCGCACAAACUCUCUAUCCCGCCCACAAAAUCACCUUCGCUCACGAGUACAACAUCUGGAGCAUGGAUUGGCACCCCAUGGGCCACAUCCUCGCAUCUGGCUCCAACGACCGUGCCACGCGUUUCUGGACACGUCCGCGGCCGGGUGAGAAUACCUACAUCAACGACAAAUGGCACAUUGGCCAAGAAGCUGCUGAGAAGCAAGGCACUUGGCGGAAAUCCGAGGCCCAGAGCCGACGCGAGGAAGAAGAAGCCGAAGCAGAUGAUGAAGCGGAUGGAUUGGAGGAUCAAAAGGUUCCAGGACAAUCCUUUCUCCCUGGCUUACCCGGUCUGGCAUCUGCUGCACCCCAAGCACCGCCUGGCUUACCAGACUUCCACGCCCACGACCCUCAAAACUUCCCACCACCUCCUCCCUUCUCCAUGCCACCAAACGGCGCACCACCGGACCUCUCAGCUCUAUUCAACCCGCAAUACAACCAAUCCCCACCUGGCCAGUCACCUAUGCCACCGCCUAACUUCCCUCCACCGAUGAUUCCAGGCAUGAUGCCGCCGGGCUUCCCUCCGCCAGCAAGUUUGAUGCAAGGCAUGAAUGGUCAAGGCAGCGGCGCGGGCGGCAGUGUGAGAAAGAGAGGACCGUUGCCUAGUCAGAGCGACAGCUUGAGGGAGGAGAUGAGGCAGGGACGGUAUCUGAAGCCCAGGUAG